AGAGCUGAUAACAGUCACCAACAGAUCUGAAGAAAUUUAGUUGACUUGAAGAAAAAGUCCAGAAGUGGCUCAGUCAGUAGGGGCUUGGACUGGGAAUCGUAGGAUCGCCGGUUCAAGUCCCCAAACAGACUUGAAAUAUGUAAAGUGGACUGCUACUUGGAGAGGUCCCAGUUCACCUCCUAGGCCCUGCUGUGGUGCCCUUGAGCAAGGCACCGGACACCUCCAAUCCCCCCCUCCCCAUUGCUCCUCGGGGGGUGCACAAUAGUUGCCCACUGCUCCUAGUACUAGGAUGGGUUAAAUGCAGAGGACCAUCCUCCGAUUCUAUCUAUCUAUUCUAAGAUGAAGACCUUCUGUGUUGCAGUGGCUGUGGUGCUCACCUUUAUCUGUAUUCAGGAGAGCGCUGCUGUCCCAGGACCUGAAGUGGAGGAGCUGGACGAGCCGAUGAGCUAUGACAAUGCAGUUACCGAACAUGAGGAGAGAUCAGAGGACUUAUGGAAGAUCCCGUACAACAUCAGAGAGAAACGAGGAAUUAAAUGUAAAUUUUGCUGCAACUGCUGCUCUCACAGUGUCUGUGGGUUGUGCUGCAGAAAAAGAUUUGGAUGAUUCCCUCACCCAGAACC